UGUAAGGUGUUUUUUAUAAGACAAAAACGUGAGCUCUAAUGAGUUGAAGCAGAAGAGUUAAUUCUUGUAUUUUGGAGCCACACGAGCCCGAACCGUGUCAGCUAUAAAGCAGUUAGCUAAGAUGAAGUUAGUUAUUAACAGCUCUUGUUUAAUGGUUUUGAACCUUGCUUUCAAGGCUUAUUUCAAGAAAGACAGAGAUGGUAAUUGGAAAUGGGUUGCUGGCAACCUAGCAUCAGGAGUUACAGCUGUUACUUCCUCCUUUCUCUUUGUCUACUCUUUGGAUUAUGUUCAAAACCAUCUUGCCAAUGAUACAACGGUUGCAAAGAAAGGAGGAGAAAGGCAAUUAAACGAUCUUGUUGAUGCUGGCAGGAAGACCUUAAAAUCUGAUGGUAGUGCUGGGCUUUAUUGUUGUUUCAAUAUUUCACGUGUUGGAAUCAUAGUUUACCAUUGUCUAUACUUUGGAAUGUAUGAUUUUCUGAAAUCAGUGGUUUUGAUCGGGAAGUUGCAGAAUAGAUUUUUUACUAGCUCUGCCCUUGGGUGGCUCAUCACUAAUGGUGCUGGUCUGACAUCCUACCAAAUUGACACUGUUCAAAGAAGAAUGAUGAUGACAUCUGGUGAAGCAGUCAAAUACAAGAGCUCAAUUAAUGCAUUAUGCUUGAAAUGGGUUGCCCACGCCUUUAGGAUCAACUACAGGGGUAUGCAUGAAAAUACUCAAAGCUAAAAGCGAAUGUUGUGCUCCAACUUCAAUGCAAUCAUUGAGUCAACCAUGAACAAGGAA